CUUAGCUGUCACAGCAGUUAAAGAGACUCCUGUCUUCUCCCCAUUGGUCAAACACCCUUUUCCAUUUCACUCAUUGCCGUUAUAUGUUCUAAGCCAACGCCUCUCUCCCUCUCAUGAAUUUACCUAUUAUUCCUGGUUUUUUCUUGAAGAAAGAAGAAGAGAUGAUUAAGAGAAGAUUGGAUUUCAAUGGUGGGAAGUACGAAAAUGCGGCGACGACGUCGUCGUGUGGGUCGAAAGAAGAAGAAGUGAAGUGGGAAAUGAGGCCCGGUGGCAUGUUGGUGCAGCAAAGAAGUGAGAAUUUUGGUGCUCCACCUCCAAAAUUGCGUAUUCGAGUAGCUUAUGGUGCCCUUCGCUACGAGAUCGCUGCACACUCACUAGCAACAUUCGGGGAAUUGAAGAAGCUGCUAACGGCAGAGACCGGGCUACAACCUGGUGAACAGAGGAUUAUUUUCAGAGGAAAAGAGAGAGAAAAUGGAGAGUAUUUGGAUAUUUGUGGAGUCAAAGACCGCUCAAAAGUCAUACUAAUCGAGGAUCCAGAAAGCAUCGAGAGAAGAUUUAUUGAGAUGCGUCGGAAUGCGAAGAUCCAGACCGUUCAUCGCUUAAUCAAUGAUGUGAGUGAAGAGGUUGAUAAGCUGGCGAAGCAGGUUUCUGCAAUAGAGAAGUCAAUCGCAAUUGGUAAUAAAGUAGCAGAAUUACAAAUCACCACUUUGACUGAGAUGUUAAUGAGACAAGCUGUGAAGCUAGAUAGCAUCUCAACAGAAGGAGAUGCAUGUGCGCUCAAAGAUUUCCAGGGCAAGAGAGUGCAGAAGUGUGUGGAAACCCUAGAUCAUGUACUCAAGGUAUCAAGUGCAAGGGCAAAACCUGUUAUAGUGACAACCAAGUGGGAAACUUUCGAUCCACUAUGCAACACCACGACGACUAAUUGGCAACUUUUCGAUUAAAUCUCCUUUUUUUUCCUUUUCCAAUUUCUCAAUGGACUUCCCUCUUUAUUUGUCACUUCCAAAUGGAAUGUAUUAAAGAGUAAUUCAUUUGUUAGGAUUAUUUUGAGAUUCAUCGUAACUAAUUGAUUGUGGCGUACAAUGUUAUGUUGCCACUCACCUCCUAUCUACAAAUAGAAAUAGAAUGAUAAUGUAAUGCUUCGUUGUGUGAAAA